CACGACGCGCGGAACUUUGUGAGGACAUCCCAUCCUCUGUCAACAACCGGUUCAAGACGCGCUCAGUUUUGCCUCACAUUAGCACUUGUAUUAUCCCUCACUUAGUUUACAGUGUUAACAGUGCGUCUAGCAUUACAUAUGCAGACUAGUCAGUUUCUUUUUCUUCUUCGGUGUUGUGGCCAUGGAAGGACGGUGUGCUGUUGAGACUUGGGCAGUUGGCUUGUCAGGAACAUCAUGCACACCGAGGGUCAAGUUUGGUUUGGGGACAGAUGUGUUGCUCUGCACUGGCAGCGACGAGGUCUAUGUCUUCAGCACUCAGGAGAGAAAACUCACGGCUGUCCUCCAGUUUCCUGAUCCUGUGAGUGACCUGGUUGGAAGUCAUGACAAGCAGCUCCUCUAUGUAGCCUGUAGGAGCGGAGUUUAUUGUGUCAGUUUACAAUUUCAGCUAUCCAGAGCUGCCAGCUCCCCAGCUGAUGCAUCCUCCAGUCUCGCCGAGCUGAAAAUCCCCUCUGAGUUUCUUGUUGUUGCAGAAGAAGGAGUGUUAUCAGUGCUCCUCGUCGGCUCUGUGUUCCUGACUCUUUCCCAGACAGACACAUCCUGGAUGUUGACUCUGUACAAAUCCUCAAACUAUGAAAUGCUCAGUUCAUUCAGUCUACCGCUGGUGUCAGGAGUUGUACGCAAUGACACUGAGGGAAAGACGGCAAUGAGAAAGAGGCCUGUGCUGAUUUGUGUCCAUUCUAAUGAUGCAACACCACCAUCUUCAUCGGAGGCGACUUUAACUGACGAUCACGUCCGCCUCGAGCCAGUCCUCUUCAAGCUUCUGUUUGGGGUCGACGCCGCCCUCGCCAAGUCACCAGUCAUCCUUUGUGGCCUGCCAGACGGUUGCCUGUGUUUUCUCCCUCUACGUCUCCCGGGAUCGCGGCUCAGAGUCCUGCGCAGCCUUGAGCAGCCAGUCGUAUUUGUUGGAGCAUCUGUUGUCAUGGAAAGGGGUCCGGGACAUGCACAGUGUUUGGUGGCAGUGGGUGAACUAGGGAAAGUGGUGCUGAUCAAAACGGACAAGGGAGGGUCAGAGGGAGGGGGCAACAGAACUGGUUUUAUUGAAGGUUGUGUACCUGGGCCUGUCAUGUGUGGCUGUGUGGAUAAAAACUGUCUUUACUACAGCACUGGGUCAGACCUGCUGGUACUGGAUCUAUCUGAGGGAUUAUCUCGGAGAGAAGGCCAAGAAAAGGAUGAGGAGACAUCCAGGAAGACAGAAGCAGCCCUCCAAAGCCCCACCAGUUUAAAUGUGUGUAGAGUCGCCGCCUUGGCUGAGCCUACAUGCAACACUGCAGGUGAAGUUCAGCUGCUGGGGCUGUCUGUCAGAGGGCAGCUCCAGAGGAUUACCUUACCUGCGGGGAGAGAGGAUGCAAGGUUGUCCAAGGGGCCUUCUGCUCUGGUGGGACGCAGCGUCGGGGACCUCCUGUCUGCUAUCGGGGACGUCUGUGAAAGAGCAUCAGUGCUGAAAACUGCCAUCAAAUCCAAAAACCAAAUUCUGAGGCACCUGAAUCAGGUGCUUAACAUCAGCUUCCUGCUGAUAGCCAGUGCAAGUAGUGAAGAGCAUCUUCCAAUCCAGGAGAAGCCAAUCAGAUGUCAUGGCGUGACCAGUUGGAGCAGAUUGCUUCAAGAAGACUCCCUGAACCUGACAUGUGUCCUGGAUAAUCCAAGUCCUUAUAUCUUGGAACGCGGCUGGACACUGAGCAUCGCUGUAUUUCCUCUGUCCUAUCCUCCCAGCGCUGGAUGGGAAAGCUCCUCUACAAAUUUUUCAUUCCCGUUCCACAAUCUCCAUCCAGGGGAGACUUUAGAAGUGUCGCUGCCCCUAGCAGCCGCAGGCGAAGCAUCCUUCCCCAUGACCGUGAGCUGCUCACUCAUCUUCUCACUCACAAGUCUCCUGGGAGAGGAGGCCGCAAACCUUCCCGGUCUGCAGAGUAGGUGCAUAAGUUUGCCCUUAAACACACUGACAGUGGAUUGGUUGCACGUCCUGCAGGUGAACAGUCCCACAGCCACCCAUAAAAAGGCCACAUCUCAAUCCAACAACACGACAGAUAGCGUCCAAGCUUUUUUAAGAUCCCGCCGGGUCAGGUGCAGCGGAAGAGGGGAGGGAGGAGGAGAGAGUGCUUCAAAGCCUGAGCGAGAGUAUUCAGCAAGUAUCCGGGUGUCGUCAGAGUUACUGAGGGAUACACUAUUGUUGAAAAGCUCCGAUUUGGACGCUCACAUGCCAAAGUGGCCCCCUCAAAAUGUGGGCCUUUCUCUGCUGGAAUGGAUGUUGUCUGAAGGUCCUGGAGGAGUGACGAUGGGACACCAAGGAGACAAGAUUGCACUCAGCAGCUCAGUGGUCCAUGCUCGAGGGCCAAACGGACACACAGUCAAACUGACUGCAAAAGAGGUAAAUGUAGAAGAGGAGAGCACAGGGAAGGAGGAGUCCCGGACCGCGGUGGAGGUUCAGGUUGAGAGCUCAUCUAUAGCAGCAGUGUGUGGACUGCAUCAUGCUGUGCUGCGCCGGGUACAGACUCUGUUGCAGAGGGCUCCUGAGAAGGCUGCUUCCACAAAGGAGGUCCAGAGUUUAGGUUUAAGACAGGUACUGCAGCGGGCCGAGCACCUGUUGCAGCAGAUCCAGCAAAGUCGAAUCUCUGGGGCGUUCGGGGUGGGCGUGUCCACAGGGCAGGUGACCCGGUCGCUUCUCAGCGUUUACCGAGAGCUCAGAGAAAACCCCCUCCUUAUUGUUUAACACUGCGUUUUGGCCGAGCCUACGCAGCUGCCAUCGGCCUCGUUCAGCGUCACGUGUCCCGUCUUUGCAGAUGAUGCGUGGAAAAUAAUGUCCAUAAUUGUCAUUGCUGUGGCAAAUGUGCUUUUGUAUCACUGUGAAUGUUAUUGUAUUUGUGACUCAUUAUUUUGCUAUUGUACAUGCUCUACAGCUCUAAAAAUAAUAAAGCUUUAAAGCUUCUCUAAGGUC